GCGAAGACGAGAAUGGGACACAAGAGCUGCGUGCAUUUGGCCACCUUGGCGAUGCCAUUCUGGGCCUUAACAUUUUAUCUUCUGGUGGUUGUGCCCGUACCGUCCCAGACAGCCACAGCCAGCUUGGAGGUCGGAAAGGAGGAACGGCGACUGCAAGAUCUCGAGCCCAAGCAGGGAGCAGACGCGCUAAAUACGGACGGACUCUCGUUGGCACGCUUCGGCAGCAGACGCCACCAGAGAUCCAUUGGGUUCGGGCACAGAGUUCCGUUAAUCUCCCGGCCAGUAGUACCCAUCGAACUUGACUUGCUGAUGGACAACGAGGACGAUCGGACGAUGUCAAAGCGCUUUGAUGACUAUGGGCACAUGCGGUUCGGAAAGCGGGGCGGCGACGACCAGUUCGAUGAUUACGGACACAUGCGCUUCGGUCGGUAAACGCAACUGAAACUUUUGGCUAUGGAUCAGAGGUCCCUGAGUUGUCUGCUUCUGUAAAUAUUACCUUAAAUUAUUAUAUGUCCAAUACCACAGUAACUAUAGUAAACAUAAUAUACAAGUAAUAAAUAUGCGCAUUCCCAAA